CGGACGCGACAAAGGACAGUUUCCACGUUAGUGUUUUUAGUCGUUUAUUAACACACUGGAAAUCAAAAUAUGACUAAUUUAAAGGCACAUAAUCACAUAAUUCGCGUUGGAGUCAGGACUUAUCUAGGUAACGAUAGCUAGCUGCUAACGUUAGCUAACAAUGGCUAACUGUAACGUAAUGGUUUUUCACACUCAAAUAGCCUCCAUCAUGGAGGUGUUAGCGAGUGCAGCCGUGGCAGAUAUAUGUCAACUUGUAGACGACGACUAUGCAGUGUUUCGUUUGGAAAUAACUCAAAGCCGAAAAGAAAACAGGACAUUGAGGAGAAAACUACAGCUACUGGAACUGAAGGUGGCACGGGAGCGCGCAGAGAGGACAAUCCGAGAGCGCGUCAUCGCCAGUCGUCCCAGUAGUGUCAAGAUCCUCGACCGAUAUAGAGGAAUGGCAAGGGGUACAUUUAGCAUUAGGCCGAGACUACUCUCCUCUGCGCAUGUGUGACUUCAAAGGCGUUAACCAGAAAUGGGUCUUGGUCUGUUUUUGGAUAGUGAAGGACAUCUCACUGGAGGCCACAGGAGCUUUGUGAAGCCAGCAGGACACAAUACAUGGAGCGAUGACCAACCAAUCACUGUUGAUGAGGGGAGUGGAACCUCAACCCAACAUGUUAUCGUGAUAGAGUCUGCAGAUGCCACGGCUGCAGGUCCUGGGGUCAAGCAGGAGAGGACUGAAGGAGAGGAGGACCCACGGCACAGCAGAGACAUUCAGUCUGGUGCAGCUGUAGCCAUGGAGGACCCCGCCACCACCCUAGUGCAGCCCAGCUCCCGACGCAGCAUGACGGAGGUCAGUGGAACGCUGAACGCCGUCCUCAAGUCAGAGACGGACACCAAGACUUCAACUGUAACACACAGGCCUUUACACACAGGAUCUGACGACAGGUCAGACCCAGAGAGUCUGGGACUGGGGAGACUGGGCUGUCCUCCUGCUCCCGGCUCAGAGUAUUUACUUUAUGGUAACCGAAGCCUGGUUCAUUCCCAUCGGGUCUCAGGUGACGCGUUAGAAACUGGCAAUUAUCUAUCUUUCUCUUACCCUACAGAGAUGGAUCCUGGCAACAUAUCCAUGGGUUUAGAGAAACAGAUUGAUCCGUCUAGAGGGGACUGGAACCGAUACAGUAGUAGUGUAUACUCUGAGGGGUGCCUAGAUAAGAAAGGGGAAGGUCUGGUCGAAGAUGAAGUGACUGUGAAAGUGGAGGGCGACUUUCCUCCCAAUUGGAAUGCAGCUUGUCACCUAGGAGAUGGAUUCUCACAGGGCAGAGAUUUCUUAGAUUACAGUUUAAAGACCAAUCUUAAUGUCCCGACCCACUCCCCUUUACACGCGCUCAGGGAUCGCGGCCCAGUGUCCACGUCGAUGGCGCCUUCCGAUUUACAAGGCCGCGUCCUCUUCGAUCAGGUAUUGAACUCAAACGACAGGGCUAGAGUCCAGACUCACGGAAAGGGAGCCACAUCAGGCAGUAGUAAAGAGAAACGGUUCCUCUGCAUGUUCUGUAACAAAGGCUUCAGCUGCACCCAGAAGGUAGAGAUCCACCAGAGGAUCCACACAGGGGUGAAACCCUUCAGCUGUACCCAGUGUCACAUGCGCUUUGCCCAGGCUGGCCACCUGAAGAGGCACCAGAGGGUCCACACAGGGGUGAAACCUUUCAGCUGUACCCAGUGUCAAAUGCGCUUUGCCCAGGCUGGUGACCUGAAGAGGCACCAGAGGGUCCACACAGGGGAGAAACCCUUCUGCUGCCAGCUGUGUGAGAAGAGGUUCUCCCGCCAGCACCAGCUGAAGAUGCACCUGAAGAUCCACACGGGAGAGAGGCCAUUCUCCUGAAGGCAUAUAUAGAUUUCCGUGUUGAAUAUUGCUGGGUAGAAUAUUUCAACCAGACAUUGUGUGAUAUAAGGCAUACAUAUAUACACACACACACACACACACACACACUGAAUCAUAUAGUAACCCAGAAAGUGGUCAACAAAUCAAAGUAGCUGCCCUCUGCCUUGAUGACAGCUUUGGCAUUCUUUCAACCAGCUUCACCUAGAAUGCUUUUCCAACAGUCUUGAAGGACUUCCCACAUAAGCGGAGCACUUGUUGGAUGCUUUUCGUUCACUCUACGGUC